AAUCACCACACUGUUCCGAGACUUUGAUUUUGAGAAUCAUCUGAAGUAGGGAUGCCUGCAGAUUUCAAUGGUUACUGGAAAAUGGUCAGCAAUGACAAUUUUGAGGAGUAUCUGAAAGCACUGGAUGUAAAUGUUGCUGUAAGAAAAAUAGCAAACUUGCUAAAACCUGACAAAGAAAUCCUUCAGAAUGGGGAUCACAUGAUCAUUAAAACGCUAAGCACUUUUAGAAACUACAUCAUGGAAUUUGAUGUAGGAAAGGAGUUUGAGGAGGAUUUAGCUGGGGUGGAUGAUCGCAAAUGCAUGACCACCGUAUCUUGGGAUGGAGAUAAGCUUCUUUGUGUACAGAAUGGAGAAAAAGAAGGUCGGGGUUGGACCCAGUGGAUUGAAGGAGAUGAAAUGCACCUGGAAAUAAGAGUGUGUGGAGUCAAGUGCAAGCAGGUCUUUAAGAAGGUACAGUGAGCCUACAGCUGAGACAGAAGUGAAGAACAGUAGAAUUUACCACCAAAUCUCCAAAUGCUAGUAAUGAACAUCAUCAGUGACAAGAGCAAACCCAGAAAUGAAGAUCACAUUAGAACUGUAUAGUUAGAAAAAAUAUUUUUAACAAAUCAUUUUAAAGAAAUAACUGCAAAUAAAACUAUUUUUAGAAAUGCCAAUUAAAGAUACUAAACACUA